AUGACUGUAACGAGUGUGGACAGGUACUUGGCUCUCGUCCAGCCAUUUCGACUGACAAGCUGGAUAACCAGGAACAAGACAAUCUGCAUCAAUCUGGGCCUCCAGGCAGCUUCCUUCAUUCUGGUGUUGCCUGUCUGGGUCUACUCGAAGGUCAUCAAAUUUAAAGACGGCGCUGAGAGUUGUGCUUUUGAUUUAACAUCCCCUGACGAUGUACUCUGGUAUACUCUGUAUGUGAUGAUAAUAAGUUUCUUUUUCUCUUUGCCCUUGAUUUUGAUGCACUAUAUUUUAAUUUUAUGCUAUACUUGGGACAUGUAUCAACAGAAUAAGGAUGCAAGAUGCUACAAUCUCAGUGAUCCAAGGCAGAGAGUGAUGAAUCUGACCAAGAUGGUGCUGGCGCUGGAGGCAAUCUUUAUCCUGAGUGCCGCCCCCUAUCACGUGAUGCAACUGGUGAACUUACUUGGUGAAGCAGCCCUCAGUGGCUUUCUAUCUGAGAUAUCACCUCUCCAUUUGUCCCAGCUAUGCCAGCAGUAG